UACCUGCUACUGGACUCUCUAACGUUACUUACAUUUCUAUGGCUUCAGCGAAAGUCAGUCAGUCAGUCAGAGACUGAUAAAAGCAUCCGAGAAAGACACGCACGGCGUUAUAAUAAAGAGCUGGACAGGAGAAAUCAUGGCAUCUUUAAAUCUCGGAUUUAACGGGGCUCGGAAAAAAGCAGCAGCGCGAAUCAGAGCCGUGGAGAGGAGGAAUCUGAUCACCGUGUGCAGGUUCUCGGUAAAGACCCUCAUUGAUCGCUCGUGUUUUGAAACAAUAGAUGACGCAUCUGCUGAGUUCAUCAACUUUGUGUCUAUUCUGGAACAUAUUCUGAGCCACAGACUGAAAGGUCAGGUCAGUUGGUUUGGCUAUGAGAGUCCACGCAGUUUCUGGGAUUACAUACGUGUAGCAUGUAAUAAAGUACCGCACAGCUGCAUCUACAGCAUUGAAAACAUGGAGAACGUCCGCAGCUCAAGGGCAAAGGGUCGUGCCUGGAUCAGAGUAGCGUUAAUGGAGAAACGUUUGUCUGAAUACGUUUCGGCAGCUCUGAAAGAUUUUAAAACUACCAGGAGGUUUUACGAGGAGGGGGCGGUAGUUCUGUGCGAGGAGGCAGGGCUUCUUGCGGAUACUCUGAUUGGCCUAAAUACCAUUGACUUUAGUUUCUGUCUAAAGGGGGAGGGGCUUGAUGAGAGCUGUCCAGUGGUCAUUGACUACACUCCGUACCUUAAAUUCACACAGACAUCUGACAGCAUCAGCAGUGAUGAAGAGGAGAUGAGGACGCUUGGCAGCAGUGGAAGUGAAGCAGGAACUCCUGAAACAUACAUGGCGGCAAGUCUGAUGGCCGAUCAGAGCACCUGGUACAGCAAGAGUAAAAGACUGGAGCAGAAAUACAGAGUCGUGCUGGAACAGAAGGGUUAUCUGGAGGAGCUUGUGCGUCUGAGAGAAGCUCAGCUGUCCGAGUCAGAUUCUCAGAAUAAAUCUCUCCUGCAGCGCCUGACAGACACUGAAAUCAGCCACAAACUGGAGAAAGAGCAGCUUGAGAUCAUCAUCCUUGAGCUUCAGGAUCAACUGACAGUGAUGAAGAACCAUGACCUGCGCUCCAGACAGGAGCUUACGUCCCACUUGACAAAUCAGUGGCCCUCACCUGCUGCCUUGGAUACUAACGCUGUUGCCUUGGAUACGCUCCUGUACAGGAAACGCAUAGGACCAUGGGAUGAUAAGAGCUUCCAGAGUUUGGAGCAUCUUUCUGCAGAUAUGAGUCUAUCUCAGGCGUCUCUGGAUCCACCACAGCUGAACCCUCACAGUCUGGACAGCAAGGCAGGACUUUCACACUGGCACAGAGAAGGGAAAGAGGAUACUCCAUCUCUAAGGGGUUUGUGUGGAUCAUUGACCUCGAUGGCCAGUUACAAAUCUCUCGCCAGCCUAAAGUCAAGUGAGUAUCUGGCCAGUCCCACAACAGACAUGACCAGCCCAGGAAUUACUCCAUCCUGAACACGCAGAAAAGUAUGGACAUUAUACGCACAGACAGACACAUUCACACAAACACAACCUCCUACUUGACAAACAAAGGUUUGGAUGGUACAUGAGAGAAAAUGGAGGAAAAACGAUUAGAAAGAAAACGACACUACCAUGCUCAGUGUUUCUCUGAGAGACAUUUCUGCCAGACAAGGCAACGCCCCAGUUCUGGUUUUAUUUGUUCAGUAUGUCAUUGAAGUUUGUGUUUAUUAUUGUUUAUCAACGUCCUCACACACACUUACCAUCUGUUUAAAGAAACACAUGAAACGACAAUCUUGACUCAGGACAUCAGGAAUUCAAGCCUUUUGUAAAACAACCCAGAUUUCGCAUUUUGCAGUUUUAUUUUGUUAUUUUAAUUUUGUGCUUGAGGUCAAGUUGUUUCUAAAAUCUGUGAGGAAUUGUAAGUUAAUAUGAGUGGAACUUUGGCUCCCAGCUAAAUUUUGACAUUUCUCCUUCUAUUAGAUACAUUUAAAAUUUAUUGACACCUAAUUUACCAAUUCAAAUAUUUAUUCAUCCUUAAGUUAAAAAUUUCCAACACUUAUUUAUAUUGAGAUAAAAAGUGUAACUCGCUGAGAUCUUAUCUUUACAGAAAGCUUAACAUACAGUCAAAUCCGUGCAAAGGGCAUAGGAAUCUUGUAUCCUCCUAAAGAGCUGUAUGUUGCGAUAUUGACUAUUGAGUCUACAUUACGCUGCUUGAUACAUGGCUACUGACUAGAUUAAUAAAUAAAUGAACAGGAAAUAUUGAUUUGAGCUGAAGAGAGAGGAGGCAGAGUGAUAUGUGAAACGUAAAUUUGCUAUAGCUAUACACAAAUUAGCACAGCAGGAUUGUGGUCAAUUAAACGGUUUUGGUGGUCAUUAUAUGAAAAUAUUAAACCUCAGAAUGCCGUUAUUGACCAAGAGAUGUGUAUAAUAAAUCCCUUGAAAUGCGUAAUGAAUUCACACAGUAUAAGUACUUGGUAUUUGUAAUGAGAAUAUUGUUUUUUUUAAAAACAAAUAGACUGUUUUAAUGGUAAUUUUCAUGAUGGUGGUUGUCAGGAAUUUUUUUAAGGUGGCCCGCUCUUUGCAUGAGUUUUUAAAAAAAAAUUUAUGUAAUUGGGUUGGUGACCUUGACUGUAAAGAAAAAUAGUUAAUGCAUUUCCAGUACAGAUAAUAGAAACAAUCUGUUUUUUCAGAAUAACAUGAGUCAUGCACAAUAACACAAGAAGUGUGCAUUGCGUAAAUAAUAAAAAUUCGCCAUAGACAUAGACAACCUAAAGGUUUUGACUGCUUUUGAUGUAUGACAUUGUUAUGUUCGCCUUCUAUGUUUGCCUUAAUUCUCACACAUACGUCUGGUGUUCUGUAUGUAGAUGUUAACAGGUUUUAAAUGAAGCAUUUAAGAUUCACUCCGUAUUCAGAAUUCUUCAAUCAGUGAAAGUGCCCUCUUACAUGGAGUGCACAUGCAUAUGUAUGAUCAAAUUUACAUAUCCACACACCACUACAUAUUCAUCAAACACAAGGUAUUAGUUAUGCAUAAUUUCUCACCAUCAUUCAGAUAGUGGCUGAUGUGCAUACGAUAAAAAUACAGUAUAUAAGACAGAACUGGAAAGAAUAGUUGUUUUCUUAAUUUAAAAAGUAAAACCUUUAAAACUUUUUUUUAUCAAACUAGCAAGUUACUUGUAAUGCUGUAAAAUACAAAAAAGUGUUCAUAGUAACAAUUAUAAACUAUUAUAUUCAGGUCAUUAGGCAUGCUAGGCCAUGAUUUAUAAUAAUUUCACGUUCAGAAAUGCGUAAUAGAAUUUCAGAUUAAAGGCAAAAGCGUAUGCAGAGCUCCUGUUGGUCGCAUAACUGUCUUGUUGGCUCUUACUGUAUGUUGCCUUGGCGAGCAUCUGUGUUUUUAGCCUUUUAGAUCGUCUCGUCUGGCCGUGUGAUUUUCUUUUGUACCACAGAAAUACGUUUUACAUGUAAACGCAUGUUGUACACUCUUCAGAGCUAGAUAUGAGAUGUCGUUAGAAGUCAGUACAUUUCACAGUGCAAGUUUUCAAAUACAUUCAUUCAGUACUGCCUGAUUCUACACAUGCAAUGAAACAUAUUUGAUGUGUCUAGUGGAAUGAAGGAAUGCAGCUGCGUACAUUAAGAAAUGCUUAUGAAAUACUGUAGGACUUAGUGUAUUAAUGUUCUCUUCAAGGUAGGUUGCUGACACAGUCAUUGUUAUUAAAUGGAAAAGUUAUCAUUUGUUUUUAAAUGGAAUACUUAUCAUUUGUUUGAGUUGAACUGCUGAAUUUUGAUGCCUUUACUGACAUUUUUGAAUGUAUUCUUUUUUAUGACUUUUUACAUUUUGGGCGAUUUAGCUUUUGUCAAACUUUCUGUUCUAUUACAGUGUGACAGAAACAAAUGCUGUGAGCACAAUGAAGGGACACUGAGAUGAAUAUCAUAUAUUCAGCAUCAUUUUGCAUUAAUUUGUUCAGUCAUUUAAUUUUGUGUCCGUAAUUACAUCCAUGAUUUUUCAAUAAACUGAAAUGUAAAUUCGA